UGUCACCCAUCAGUGCCAGUCAGUGCCACAUAUCAAUGCCAAUCAGUGCCACAUAUCAGUGCUGCCAAUCAGUGCCAUCUAUCAGUGCCAGUCAGUGCCGCCUAUCAGUGCCAGUCAGUGCCACCUAUCAGUGCCUGUCAGUGCUGCAUUCAGUGCCGCCUAUCAGUGCCACUCAGUGCCACCUUUCAGUGCCAUAUAUCAGUGCUGCCUUUCAGUGCCCAUCAGUGAUGCCUGUCAAUGCCCAUUAGUGCCACCUACCAGUGCCUCCUCAUCAGUGCCCAUCAGUGCCACCUAUCAGUGUCCAUCAGUGCAGCCUAUCAGUGCCCAUCACUGCAGCCUCAUUAGCGCACAUCAGUGAAGGAGAAAAAUCACUUAUUUACAAAAUUUUAUAA